ACACUGCUGCACUUUGUGUCUACUGUGUUUUAACCAACACAUUAAACUUAACAGAGAAGUCACACAAUGGAGGAAAUACUGGAAACACUGGGAUUUAACACUGGAAUACUGGCGCUUCAAUCUGCUGCUGAUUUCCUAUUAUAAACUCGACUUUAUAAGGAGGAACAACUCAUAGUGAAAGUAAAACUUUCUAUUUUCUUGACUCACCAACGUCCCUGUCGUGUCUCUGAGUGAAGCUGAAAACACAGCAGGCAAUGUUUUCUCAAACAGAAAAGGAUCACUCCUGUCCUGUUUGCUAUGACAUCUUUAAAGAUCCUGUUGUUCUGUCGUGUAGCCACAGCUUCUGUAAAGACUGUGUGAAGAACUGGUGGAGAGAGAAACGAAUACACGAGUGUCCACUUUGUAAGAGAAGAUCAUCAAAGAGUGAUCCUCCUCGUAACCUGGAUUUAAAGAACGUGUGUGAGUCCUUCAUACGGGAGAGAGAUCAGAGAGCUUCAGAGAGUCUCACAUUCAGACCCAUCGAUGAAGCUGCACACAAUCUCAAAGAGGAGAUCCAGAAAUCCUUGAAGCUCUUAAAGGAGAAACUGAAGCUGUUUGAACAAGUUAAAGGAAACUGUGAUCAAACAGCAGAACACAUUAAGGUCCAGGCCCGACACACAGAGGGGCAGAUUCAGGAGCAGUUUAAGAAGCUUCACCGGUUUCUAGAAGAGGAAGAGGAGGCCAGGAUCUCUGCUCUGAGGGAGGAAGAGGAGCAGAAGAGUCAGAUGAUGAAGGAGAAGAUGGAGGCUCUGAUCAGAGAGAUAGCAGUUCUUUCAGACACAGUCAGAGCCACAGAGGACGAGCUGAGAGCUGAAGACGUCUCAUUCCUGCAGAACUACAAGGCUGCAGUGGAAAGAGUCCAGCAGCGCCUCUUGCUGGAGGAUCCACAGCUGCUCUCAGGAGCUCUGAUAGACGAGGCCAAACACCUGGGCAACCUGAACUACAACAUCUGGAGCAAGAUGAAGGGGAUGGUCUCAUACACUUCUAUGAUUCUGGAUCCAAACACUGCUCGUCCAGAAUGCAUCUUAAAUGAAGAUCUGACCAGUUUGAGAGAGGGAGAGAAACAGAAGCUUCCUGAAAACCCAGAGAGGUUUGAUUUCAGCCUGUCUGUUCUGGGCUCUGAGGGUUUUAACUCUGGGACUCACAGCUGGGACUUUGACAUUAUAAAUGAUCAUUCCUGGGGCAUAGGUGUGACAAAUGAGUCUGUCCGGAGAAAGGGAGAAAUACAGACUGGAUACUGGGAAAUAUGUCUCCUUAAUGGAGAGUACAUAGCAUUCUCCCCACCGCUCCCAAAUGAAGUUCUGUCAGUGAAGAAGGAGCUCCGGAGGAUCCGAGUUCAUCUGGACUUUGACAAAGGAAAACUGUCAUUCUUUGAUCUUGAUACGAACACACACAUAUACACCUUCACACAGAGAUUCACUGAGAGACUGUUUCCAUACAUUGCCAACGGGAGUAAACUCCCACUGAAGAUAUUACCAAUGAAGGUCUCUGUAACUGUGGAACAGCACACAGUCCCUUCUUUCACAGGCUUUUAGC